AUGCCUAAGCUAAGGCCAUCCGAUCCCGAAGAAAAAUCUCAGUUCGAAUCAGCUAUGAGACCUGAAAGCUUAUUUCCUUAUGGUGGGGGCAGCGCGAUCUGCAGCGGAAGGUUCUUCGCGAAGCAAGAAAUUUUGGCAGCAGUUGUUCUUAUUGUCCUGAAGUUUGAAAUUGAGCCAAGAGGUUGGUUUACUCAUCAUGGAAAGAAGUCAAUUCGGGAAGCAAAGCCAGAUGAGGGAUUCGCGGGUGCUGGAGUUUUACCACCUGACCAAGAUAUGCUUGUAACUUUGAGGGUGAAGUAA